AUCGUUAGAGGCGAUCCUGUUCCAGAUUCGUUCCAGACUCGCUUCGCUAUUUGAAAGCUUCUCGUCGAGAUCGAAAGAUGCUUGGGAUUGCUCGUCGUUGAUAAUUCGGACGAAUCGUCUCGAUAGUGUUACAGAAUUUAGUAUCGGGAGCGAGACCCUGAAUAACAAUGGCGACAGAUUCGCGUUGGAGCAGGAUCGUUCCAAGUAGAAUGUAACUUCCCUCGUAUCCCGUGCACCCCGUAGUUUUCAUUCUUGUGCUUGGCAAUUAUUACGUCAUAGCGUACUAAUAACUAAUUAGCUGCGUGUGUGGGACGUAAUGAUGGGACAAUAGGCGGCAGUCACGAUGGGAAGUGCUUAGUUCGACGAUAAAUGCUUUCGCCCCUCUGGCCUACAUUUAAUGUUUCCACAAUGAACAACUCUUUUGUGUGGCCAGCGUGAGGAGGAGGAGGAAAAAGAGGAGAAGGAGGAAGAGGAGGAGGGAGGAGAGCCACAUUGACGUGCCAUUGGUUAUUCUUUCCUUCCUUGGAUUUAUGUUUCAAUGUUUUCGUAUUGUAAUAACUUGCAUUCCGUGUCACUGUUAUCGUAGAUGAUAUUUCGAGCGUAUAGUGCUCUCUCCCUUUUUCUCCUUCUCUUUACAUUCCUGUAAAAAAAUAAUUUUUAAACAUGUUCUCUCGCGCGACGUACACGAUACACGCGACCAUGUGACGAGUUGCGUAUCGAACGUGAAGAAAUAUUUCCCUUUCUUUCAUUUCGCGUUUAAACAGCCAGAGUUUCAAAAGGAUCAGACCUGCACGUCGAUCGGUUUUCGAUCGAUCGCGUUUAAAUCAAUGUCAAUGUGGUGGGGUGAUCUAUUUGGGGAGGCGCGGCGCGGCGCGGCGCGACAAGAACCAGCCAGCGAGAUGAGUCGUGGCCAGAAAAAGCGAAGGUGAAGCAUCUCUAGAACGAAAACGACCACUGUCCAAUAGCGAAUUCUGUCCACUCUGUCCACGGACAGAUUAAUUUGUCAUUCGCGCGGUCUAUCUCAACCUCUGACAUUCGACGACGAGUCUUGAACAAGACAAAUAUCGACGCAAACGAUUUUUCGUUUCAUUCAAUCUCGGGAACGGGAUGGCGGCGGCGGCGGCGGCGGCGGCGACAAUGGCGGCAGUGGAUCCCCUCUGCCAGGAACCAUUAGUGUCCGUCGAAUUCGAGGUUUUUGGAAAAGUGCAAGGUGUAUAUUUUCCCAAGUACGUGAGGGAUAUAUGCCUGCAAUUGAAAAUCUGUGGUUGGGUGAAAAAUAGUAAAACUGGCACGAUCCUCGGAAAGAUGCAAGGACCUCGGGCGCUCGUCGAUCAGAUGGCACAGUGGUUAACAUCGGUGGGCAGUCCAGGUAGUGAGAUACAUCAUUGCGAGUUUACAAAUUGGGAAACUGUUGCAAAGCAGCAAUAUCAAGGUUUUGUCAUUCGUUUCUAAGAGCACUUGUAUAACGCACUGUAUAUGUUUAAUGCAUUAAAUCCUAAUAUCGAUGCAAAUUAUUUGAUUCGCGUGAUAUGGCGCAUGGUAUAUGCUCAGAAAUUAUGGAGUUUGACCGGAUAACAUCCGGAGUGGUCAUGUGACACUUGUAUAAAAUAUGCAUCAGUGUCUUAUUUUAUUUUGACUUUAAUUAGAUUUUAUUUACGUACAAUUUGGUUCGGAUACGAUAUUUAAUGUAUUUUUAAUAAAUUAUCCCUUAUAAAAAUGA